CUUAAACCAGUUGACUUUGUACUACCGGCCACGACGCACUCGCCGUCUCAAAUAACAAACAAUUUGUGAAUGAACCGAACAAAUUAACGUAACUGUAGUGAGAAGUAAGAGUUAUGGUAAAGUGAAACUGUUUCGACUAACGGUUUGAACAAGACGAUAUCGGAGUUCGUGACUAAAUUUUCGCCAUGGGAAUGGGAGGUGCAAUGAACAGAUGCGGUCGAUGCAUGAAGAUCUCGCUAAUAUGCAUCAACGUAGUCACUUUUCUUGGCGGUAUAAUAGCCCUGGCAGUCGGCCUGUGGGUAUGGAUAUCCCGGUCCUUCUCCAGCACACUGAUGAGCAACAACAUGUUCAUAGCAUCAGUGGUGGUAGUGGUGGCCAUGGGAGCUGCCCUUAUGGUGCUGUCCAUCCUCGGCUGCUGCGGUGCCGCUAAGGAGGUCAAAUGUAUGCUACUCACGUACUACAUCCUGGUCUUCAUAAUCUUCGUGGUGAUGCUGGUAGGCGGGAUCUUGCAGUUUGUCUUCCGAGAAAAGGUGAUGACAACGUUAGACCGAGAGUUGUACGCAUCCAUACCAUACUAUGGAGUUAGGCACGAGUACACAAAGUCUUGGGAUGACACGCAGACGUACCUUCAGUGCUGUGGCGUCAAAGGAUACAAGGAUUGGAAUGAUAAUGUGCCAGAGAGCUGUUGUCGAGAAGUGUAUCCAGGAAAGAGGAUGGACUGCAAAGCGUCUCCGAACCCGACGACAAUGUAUGUGGAAGGAUGCCUAUCCAAAGUGACUGACUUCUUGAGAGAAGACGCCGUGUACGUUGGUACUGUCGCUGUCAUCAUAGCUCUGAUUAUGAUUCUGGCCCUGAUAUUAUCAUGCGGACUGUUUGUGAAAAUAGAAUGACGACGUAAUGAGGACAUGAACUGAUGACUUGUAAGGAAUCGAGUAUUAGGGCUCGUACACAAACUCGUACGUUACUGCAAUGCGACGUCGCAUCGCAAAAAUGUGCGAACUCCUUCUACGCAUCGCAAGAACUUGCGAAUUGAUUCGCAUCGCGCAUCAAAAUCUCAUCUUCCAAAAAUCUUCUUCGUUUCUUUUUUCUGUAUCUCCUAAGAAAUAACAGAAGAGCACACUUCUUUUUACGAUCCAUGUCACGACCUAGUUUUCAUUUAAAAUAUUUUCAAUUAUAUUACCCCGGGAGAC